AUGCGUGUGGACGUCCAGCUCUGCCUCUGCAAGCACGGUCUCUCCAUGGCGCCGACCCCACUCUCCCUGCCCAGGCCAUGGGCCAGCCACACCAUAGCACCUGCCACCUCUUCUGCUCGAAGGCCUUCGCCCACAGGUGGUCUCCACUGCCUGCUGCUACUUCGUCUGAGGGUGGUCCUGCAGCUGUGGGGCCAGGUCAAGAGAGAAGUCUGCCUGCAGGGCCUGGGACCCCCGCCUGGGGACCCUGCAGACCCCACUACUUGUCUGGCCUGCAAACCUGUGAGGGCAGUGAGGUUCCGAUGGACCCUGAGUGACGACAGCACUUGGACUCGGCAGCGGGUGGACGGGUCCCUGCAGGGCCACGGGCUGGCUGGGUGCUGGUGCGGGCCCUGGCACCUCCAGGCCUCGUUUGCUGGGGACGCGUCAGCGAAGGAGGAAGCCCUCGUAACACGUGUGAGGAGCCUAGUGCGCCACGGCCUGCUCUGCUCGGCCGCCGACACCCCUCUGCUGUGUGCGGAUUGCAGCGCCGGGUCCCGUGACAAAGCUGACCCCAGAGACCUCGUGAAGGAUAAGGAAGCUGUAGAGACCAACCUGGCUUCCAAGGACAGCCACUGGGUGUUCGUGAACGAGGAAAUCAGCGACCCGGAGAUCUUGGAUCUGGUCCACAGUGCCCUUGGCAGGAUGACUGUGGUUCGGCAAAUCUUCCCAUCUGCCAAGGACAACCAGAAAUGCAUGAGGAACAACCACCGCAUCUCCUCCCUGCUCUGCGACCCCCAGGAAGGCUAUCUCCAGAUGCUGCAGAUCUCCAACCUCUACCUGUAUGACAGUGUCCUCAUGCUGGCCAACGCCUUCCACAGGAAGCUGGAGGACCGCAAGUGGCACAGCAUGGCGAGUCUCAACUGCAUCCGGAAGUCCACCAAGCCCUGGAACGGGGGGAGGUCCAUGCUGGACACGAUAAAAAAGGGCCACAUCACCGGCCUCACAGGGGUGAUGGAGUUCCGGGAGGACAGCUCGAACCCCUACGUCCAGUUUGAAAUCCUUGGCACGACCUACAGUGAGACCUUCGGCAAAGACAUGCGCAAGCUGGCAACCUGGGACUCGGAGAAGGGCCUGAAUGGCAGCUUGCAGGAGAGGCCCAUGGGCAGCCGUCUGCAGGGACUGACCCUCAAAGUGGUGACUGUCUUGGAGGAGCCUUUUGUGAUGGUGGCUGAGAACAUCCUUGGACAGCCCAAGCGCUACAAAGGGUUUUCCAUAGAUGUCUUGGAUGCACUGGCCAAGUCUCUGGGCUUCAAAUACGAGAUCUAUCAGGCUCCCGACGGCAGGUACGGCCACCAGCUCCACAACACCUCCUGGAACGGGAUGAUCGGGGAGCUCAUCAGCAAGAGAGCGGACCUGGCCAUCUCGGCCAUCACCAUCACUCCGGAGCGGGAGGCGGUCAGGGCGCAGAGCGCCGCCCAGCCGCGCGCGUCCACCUCGGCCACCCUGCACAGCGCCAUCUGGAUCGUCUACGGAGCCUUCGUGCAGCAAGGUGGCGAGUCCUCGGUGAACUCCGUGGCCAUGCGCAUCGUCAUGGGCAGCUGGUGGCUCUUCACACUCAUUGUGUGCUCCUCCUACACGGCCAACCUGGCCGCCUUCCUGACGGUGUCCAGGAUGGACAACCCCAUACGGACGUUCCAGGACCUGUCCAAACAAGUGGAGAUGUCUUACGGCACCGUGCGAGAUUCCGCUGUGUAUGAGUACUUCCGGGCCAAGGGCACCAACCCCCUGGAGCAGGACAGCACGUUUGCUGAGCUCUGGCGGACCAUCAGCAAGAACGGAGGGGCUGACAACUGCGUGUCUGGUCCUUCAGAAGGCAUCAGGAAGGCAAAGAAGGGGAACUACGCCUUCCUGUGGGACGUGGCGGUGGUGGAGUACGCAGCCCUGACGGAUGACGACUGCUCCGUGACUGUCAUCGGCAACAGCAUCAGCAGCAAGGGCUAUGGGAUCGCCCUGCAGCACGGCAGCCCCUACAGGGACCUCUUCUCCCAGAGGAUCCUGGAGCUACAGGACACGGGGGAUCUGGACGUGCUCAAGCAGAAGUGGUGGCCACACACGGGCCGCUGCGACCUCAGCAGCCACGCCAGCGCCCAGGCCGACGGCAGGUCCCUCAAGCUGCACAGCUUCGCCGGGGUCUUCUGCAUCCUGGCCAUCGGCCUGCUCCUCGCCUGUCUGGUAGCCGCCCUGGAACUGUGGUGGAACAGCAACCGGUGCCACCAGGAGACCCCCAAAGAGGACAAGGAAGUGAACCUGGAGCAGGUGCACCGGCGCAUCAACAGCCUCAUGGACGAAGACAUCGCCCACAAGCAGAUCUCCCCAGCAUCCAUCGAGCUGUCAGCCCUGGAGAUGGGGGGCUUGGCCCCGAGCCAGGCCUUGGAGCCGACGCGGGAGUACCAGAACACCCAGCUCUCGGUCAGCACCUUUCUGCCAGAGCAGAGCAGCCACGGCGCCAGCCGGACACUGUCGGCAGGGCCCAGCAGCCUGCCGCUGCCACUGAGCAGCUCGGCCACCAUGCCCUCCAUGCCGUGCAAACAUAGGUCGCCCAACGGGGGGCUGUUCCGGCAGAGCCCCGUGAAGACCCCCAUCCCCAUGUCCUUCCAGCCCGUGCCUGGGGGCGUCCUUCCAGAAGCUCUGGACACCUCCGACCAGCAGAAGUCGGUCUGGCUGGCACUGGCUGGCCUACCGGGUACUGUGCUGUGGGGCAACUGA